AUGGCUUCCGCCAAUUCUCUCACAGCCUCGGUGCAGGCCUUGACCCUGCAGUCCACCACCCAAACCUCCAAGUUCGCCGGCUGCUACCCGUCGCUGAACCCGAUGGACAUCUACCGCGAGCACAUUGCGGAGCAGCUGGGUAAGGCUGCUGAUAUUGAUCCCGAGUUGAUCUUCUCCCGCCUAGCUUGGACAAGCACUCUGGACAAGGGUGAUCUCUCAUUGCCGGUUGCAGCUCUUCGCAUCAAGAAGAAGCCUGAUGAGCUCGCCGUGGAGCUGGCCUCCAAGUUCCCCGAGUCAGAUCUCAUUCACCCUCCCACUGCCUUCGGACCGCACAUUCAAUUCUUCUGCAAGCCCGAUCCUCUAGCCAAGACUGUCCUCGGCCGCGUCCUCACCGAAAAGGCCGCCUAUGGUACCAACGGCAACAUGGGUCUCAAGGAUCCCUCUGAUCCCUCCAAGGGCAAGAAGAAGAUCAUCGUUGAGUUCUCUUCGCCCAACAUCGCCAAGCCCUUCCACGCCGGUCACCUGCGCUCCACGAUCAUUGGCGGUUUCCUGGCCAACCUCUACACUGUCAUGGGCUGGGAUGUCACCAAGAUGAACUACCUUGGUGACUGGGGUAAGCAGUAUGGUCUUCUGGCCAACGGCUUCAAGUACUUUGGAGAUGAGGAGGCCCUGACCAAGGACCCUAUCAACCACUUGUUUGACGUCUAUGUGAAGGUCAAUCGCAUUGUGGGCGAGCAAGAGGGCCCUAUCAAGGAGCUGAAGGAACAGAUUAAGGUGAAGAAGGAGAAGGGUGAGGACACCGCGUCCGAAGAGGCGGAGCUUGCCAAGCUGGUGGAUGCUAGUGAGGACGAGAAGGCUCGCCGCUACUUCAAGAGCAUGGAGGACGGCGACUCAGAUGCCCUUGCCCUCUGGGCCCGUUUCCGUGACCUCAGUAUUGCCAAGUAUAAGCAGACCUACGCUCGUCUGAACAUCGACUUUGAUGUCUACUCUGGUGAAUCACAAGUCAAGGCAGAGAGCAUGGCGAAUGCCUACAAGGCCAUGGAGAAGGCCGGCGUGACCGAGGAGUCUGAGGGUGCCAUCAUUGCCGAUUUCACCAAGCACGGUGCGAAGAAGCUGGGCAAGGCUAUUAUCAUCCGUAAGGACGGUACACCUCUCUAUCUUACUCGUGACAUCGGUGCCAUCCUGGAGCGUGACGAGAAGUACCAUUUCGACAAGAUGAUCUAUGUCGUGGCUGCCCAGCAAGAUCUUCACCUCGCUCAACUCUUCAAGGUGACCGAGUUGAUGGGUCGCAAGGAUCUGGCCGGCCGUUGCCAACAUAUCAACUUUGGUAUGGUCCAUGGCAUGAGCACACGUAAGGGUACCGUCAAGUUCCUGGACGAUAUUCUGCGUGACGUCGGCGACAAGAUGCACGAGGUGAUGAAGAAGAACGAGACCAAGUACGCGCAAGUUGAGAACCCCGAGGAGACUGCCGACACUCUCGGUAUCACUUCAGUCAUGGUUCAGGAUAUGACUGGCAAGCGUAUUAACGGAUACACCUUCAACUUGGACGCGAUGACCUCGUUCGAGGGUGACACUGGACCUUACCUUCAAUAUGCUCACGCUCGUCUGUGCUCUAUGGCUCGCAAGUCCGAGCUGAACAUCGAUGAGUUGAGCAGCGCCGACUUCUCUCUCCUCACCGAGCGUCACGCUGUUGAUCUCAUCCGCCUUCUCGCUUCAUGGCCUGAUGUGCUCGUCAACACCGCCAAGACCCUGGAACCCGUGACCGUGCUGAGCUACCUGUUCCGUAUGACGCACAUGCUCAGCUCCAGCUACGAUGUGCUCAAGGUGAUCGGCAGUGAGCCCGAGUUGAAGAAGUCUCGUAUGGCUCUAUACGCCGCUGCCCGCCAGGUUCUGCACAACGGCAUGCGCGUUUUGGGUCUCAACCCCGUGGAACGCAUGUAA